CAAGCAUAUAUAUAAGACCACUCUGUAUUCCACAAAACAUUAAGAAGAAAUAACCAAACAAAGGCAAGCAAAGCAGAGAGAAGAGACUUUGAUUCAAAACUUGUUCAAAGAGAGUAACAAAAUGUCUGCAAAUGAUUUACCUUCUUCGGCCCAAGCCUUCCAUGAACAAGUCCUUGGUGGUUUUAUCUCUAGAAAGCUGCUUCUGCACAACCCAUUCGACCACAACACUCAACAAGCCCUUGCGGUGGCACCAACUCCUCCUAUAAGCCAUGAUAACAACGUCAAUGGUGCUGUCUUAGUUCUUCUCUCAGUCCUCAUCUGUGGAAUCAUCUUCUGCCUCGGGUUACAUUACUUCAUCUGUUUAGCCUUUAGACGCUAUUCAAGUUUCAUGAUCUCUGAGCCUGUCUCCAGUCUUUCAAUACAACAUGAUUCUUCAAACAAAGAAAUAAAAAAGAAAGCUCUUAUGACGUUCCCAGUCGUGAGUUACUCACAUGAUAUGAACCUCUCUGGGAUUGGUGAAGAGUGCGUCAUCUGCUUGUCGGAUUUUGUUUCUGGUGAAAAGCUCAGGCUGCUCCCUAAGUGCAACCACGGGUUCCAUGUUCGUUGCAUUGACAAGUGGCUUCAACAACACUUGACUUGUCCAAAAUGCAGACACUGUUUGGUUGACACAUGCCAGAAGAUAUUAGGUGACUUCAGUCAAGCUGAUCAAGUGACAGCAGCACCAACAGAGAGCGUAAUCCUCAGGAUAGCUCCUCUAGAACCUGAAGGAAGAGUAAACACUUUUAGAGAAAGCAGCUAAGUGCUCAGAAACCAUCAUUAGUAUAUGCUCAAGCUAGAUAUAGGAGAUUCUUUGUCUUUUAUUUUUAUAGCACAAAGUGUAUAUAGAGAGAAUAUGUCUCACUGAGUUCAUCAAACUUAUCUUUGCAGAUUUUUUUAUUUACAGUGGAAUGUAAAUUAUGCAA